UAGUGAAUAUAGCAAAACAGAAACAGACAUUGAGAAUAAACACAGAAGGAGUCGAUGUGUGCCUAAGUCCUUAUAGUCCAGGGCCUGUUUCCCUAUAGCUGCUCCCUAUUGCCGGAGGAGGAGAGAAGUACCCCGGAUCCUUUCAGGACUCUUGGUCUUUUGGGAGCGACCCAAAUCGAGUGAGGGAAGAGGGAGGAAACACCCCCUGCAUCCCUGCAGGAAUAAUUUAUUCAAAAAGGAGAAAAGAAAAAUACUCAAUAUGCAAAAGUCUUGUGAAGAAAAUGAAAGAGAAUCACAGAACAUGCCACAGGCCGAGGAAGACCGCCCUUUGGAAGAUGUACCACAGGAAGCAGAAAGAAAUCCUCAACCUUCCGAAGAAGGUGUAAGCCAGGAAGCUGAAGGAAACCUUGGUGCAGGGCUGACUCAGCCUACCCAGGGAUAUAAAGAGGACACUCUGGUUAGGCAUUUGGAUGCUGAAGAAAUGAUAAGAGGAGUAGAUGAGUUGGAAAGGCUUAGGGAAGAGAUAAGAAGAGAAAGAAACAAGUUUGUGAUGAUGCAUUGGAAGCAAAGACAUUCACACAGCUGCCCUUAUCCUGUGUGCUUUAGACCUUGAAUUUUUUUUUUUUUUGGUCCGAUAUUAAAAUCUAGCCCCUGCUUUCUUUCUGUUAGCAUUUUCUGAUGUACCUUUGACUUUCUUUUUAUUUCUAAUCAUCUGGUGGAGUUUUGUUUUAGGUAGUUUCCUUGUUACCAGCAUCUGGAUUUUGUAUUUUGAUAUAUUUUCCAGGUCCGUUUUCCUGGAAACUUCCAACUGGGAAGUUUCACACACGUGCAUGAAAAUAUUUUCAUUCCACAUUGUAAAGAAAAACAUAACAGG